ACAUCAGUGCUUUGUCAUUGCGUAUCUAAUUCAAAAUACCGCAGUGUCACGUGACUUGAUGAGCGUAUUGACCGAUACACACAAAUACGUCGGGUAUGGUAGUGUUUAUGAUGGGCUUUGUUUUAUAUUGGACCAACAUACGAUAUCAUCGCUUAUAUGGUAUAACCCGUGGUUUUGACUAUUCAGAAGGAUCUAUUUACUGUGCUUGAAACAAUAUGCGUUCACAACCACUGGAUGUUUAAUAAACGAAUGAUGUUUUGUGUGGAUUAAUGUUUGCCAUGUGCAGUUUGUAAUAUUGGCAAAAUGUUUUUUAAACGGUUGUACUCAAAAAAAAAAAUUUGUGUAACAGACUUCAGAUAAAAUGUUAUACCGUUUUCGUGGUUGAGUUUAACGUAUUGAUGUGAGAACUUGUUCAAGGAAAUUACAUUUCUCAAACAUUUAACGGAUUAUAAUUAUAAUGGUUGCUUUCCUAUUUCACCCUAAAGAAAUGAUGAAUGCCGUCAGUGAAAUGUGAAUAAUAAGAUAAUGGUUUAGCAGAUAUCGAUAGGUCAUUAUAUUACUAACGGUGGAGUAAUUCCUUGCACUAAAGAUGGAUUUUAAGUACAAAAGCGUCUUUAAGUACCAGGGAAAGACAUUUUCCGGCACGGCUUAUUUUAAUGAAAAGAACGAAAAAUCCAAAAAGAAACGACGAAAGGCAAAAAAUUCCGAAAAGGGAGAACAUGAGGGAAAAGGAGACAAAGUCGCGAAAAAGGCCGGAAAAUCAAAUCAUCCGGUCAUAGAAAGCUUCGACAGUGGGGUGGCAACGGGCGAAAAUGAGCUAGCGGAUGUUCAAGAGCAUAUUCCUGAACAAGUUGCCUACGAUAUGCCACCGGCGGUGGAGACAACUGUGCUCGUUGAGAAUGUGGUCGUCGCUGCGGUGACGGAAGAAAGUAACGUCGACGUUAGCGUUAGCGUUAAGAAACACGUUGACGUAGAAAUCCAGGUGGAACCUCCGGUUAGAAUGAGCGGCGAGGAGCUGGUCAAGCCCCAGGCCAUGCUGGCUGACGUCAGAGCGGGCCUGCAGCGGGCCUACCUCGAGGGCAUAGAGUUCAUACGUCUUAAGAUCCGUGAGUCGGAGGAGGAGUUGACGCACAUCAAGCUUGGUUUCUACCAGUGUAGCGAGAACGAGGAGGAGCACUUCGAGAGCUACCUGGUCCGCUGUAACGAACAGUUCUUGCAAGCCAAUAAUGAGCUCAGACGCAAGAACGUCACACUCAAGGUUCUCGACAGCGAGAUGGAGAUAGUCGCCUUGCUGAAUCAACUCAGGGAGAAAUGUGAAUUCGACAAGGGCGAAAUCGAGUUUAUAUCCGAAUUUUGGGAGAACUUGAAAAACACUAUGGAUGGUUUAACUAUAUUUGUGAAUAAGUUCAAAAUUAGUGUUUUAGAUAGGUUGCGUGGAAAUUGUAUAAGUUAUUAUAACAACACGGAGUUUCAUUUGGAUGUGUCGGCUAGAUACACAGAAGAGGUUUCAAACUAUCUGACGGAUAUAGAAAGGACUCUUACGGAUACGCAAAUAUUAAUUAAGAGUUAUGCAAACGGUGUGCAUCAAGACUUGUUUUCGCAUACGAAAUUUACCGAAGGAAUAUUAGUGGCAUGUGAUCUCAAAGCGUUUCCGAUUCUUCGGUUGUUUCCGGAUUUAACGGAAAAGAUGGAAUCGAUGUUGGAUAUAUCGCGCAUGUGGUUGGACAGGGAUGAACGCUAUAUGUAUGAACUAAAUGACUACAUUCGAGAAACUCGAUCCAUGGCUAAGCGAAGAGUGGAAGAUUUAAAAAUACAAAAAGAGAAAAUAAAGAAAUUUGAAAAAGCAGUGAAGUCAGCCAAUAUACUCCUGCAUAACAACAAAGAAAAACUCCAAAAGCUGGAAGCGGAUCUGAAUCAACUGGAGAAGACUUUUGGCGUGUACAAGCAGCAAAUGGAAAUGAAAUAUGGGGAAAAGUCACAGAAGGAAAGCAUGGUGGACUUUCUAAAAAUAACACUAUCACAAACUAAGAAAAAUUACAAUUUACAGUUAAAGAGACAGAGACUGCUUAGGCAGGUUGAAGAACUGGAGAAAUUUCUCGACGGUUUGGAGAAAGAUUUGAAUGGUGUUCAAUACAAGAUCCAAGAGAAAGCACAGCAGAAAGACAUGCUGGCUGUGAAACUGGAAACCAGCGAGAAAUCCUACGGUGCGCUGAAAACCGACCUGGACCGAUUCACGGACAACUUGGAGAACCUGGAACAGGAAGUGAACAGUCUGUCCGGUCAGCUACUGCAGUUGGAGAUCAUACAGACGUACAAGUCCUCGCCCGAGACGAUAGAUGGCGUCUAUGACCGACCGCAGUCGGUGAAACUGGCGCCUUCUUUGAAGGAGAAGAUUAAACGCAAGAGGAAGAUCUUGCCACCCGUUCAUUAGAUGACCUACAUCAGCUUCGACCUGUGAAAACUGGACUUAAUAUAAGUGUCAAAAGUGUCAUCCUAGACAAGCCUAUGCAGUUUGCAUGGGCUAAUCAGGGACGAUACUUUCCGCUUUUGUGGAAUUGUUCGUUAAAUGAAGUCUAAUUGAAUAAAGCCCAGUUUUCCCAGAACGCCGCUCGUAUGUUUAUUAUGAAUAUGUUGGUAUCUUCGUGCUGAUGGAACAAUUGUGUUGUGUGAUUGAGUUUGUUUGCUUGAAGGUAUAAGAACUUCGAAGUUAUCUUCAUCUCCAACGCACUUGGUGAUUUCCGUAAACACUCGGAAUAUAUCGAGGAAAAUCUGUAUCUGAAUAAAUACGACAUUAAAUAUUCGUCACAUCGGCAGCUGCAGUGAUCCAGCCUUUCUUCGACUAACGGAUAAAGUAAUGCUUCGAAAUAAAUGGAUUUUAAGUGAUUCAACAUUGGAUUAGUGCGCUCUCAUUUGUCAAGCUGGAGUUCCGUUUGUGGGCGUGUAUCACUCCGCCCCAGUUCUCCCUGCUGGAGACAUGGCUGCCUUUAUACUUUCUGCCCACUGUUCCGUUCAUAAAAUUAACCUCGUUUUGAUUAAACUGGGCUUAAUGCAUGUGCGGUCCAUAUUUACCUGUGCAAUCCACAUAGGCUAACCAGACACGACUUUUUCCGCCUAAAAUGGAAAUUUUCGCUAAGAAGAGACCUCCUUUAAACGAAUAAUACCAUACAGCGGAAACUUUCAUCCCUGAUUAGGCUGUGCGGACUGCAUAGCAGCAUAGGCUAGUCUGUGACAACAUUUAAGUCUCAUGCAUUAAGCCCAUUUUUCCCAAAUCGAAGCUUUAAUAAUGUGUACUUGUAUUUGAAUCUCGUUAUGUAUUAUUCACCAAACUUUUGGUUAGCUUUCUUAAUUUAUAAUGCUUUGUUAAUAAUACCGGCAAACUUAUACCCAGCUUAAGUCACUGAUAUCUUCCUAAAUCGAAUAAUGGGUUCGUGGAUUUGGACUGGUGUCGACUCAUUAAAAAAAUAGCCGUAAGAAUAGUUGUUGCGUUUGAUGUUUUGUAAACCCAUUUAUGCCUAGUGGACUCUCCCAUCCUUUUAAAUUGGAUCAAUUUAUUUACAAAAUUAGGGAUGUAUAGUAUAUGUAUUCCUAUAUUUAUAAUAUUUCUUACAAAAAUUCCUUUAAGCAAACAGCGCAGACCCAAAUGAGACGCCGCAUCAUGCGGCGUCUCAUCUGGGUCUACGCUGUUUGCCAAGGCCUUUUUUCUAGGCGCUAGACAUACAUGGGUAAUACAGUUUAGUUUAUUUAUGUAAAAUAAGUUUCACGUACAUUUUGAAACUGCUCUGAAUGUUUUUAAAAACGAUGAUCUGAUUGAUAGCAGUUUUGAACUCUGGUUUGAUCUUAGUGUAUACAUUAACAGAUUUAUUCUUCGAACUAGUUUUUCAUUAACGUAUGUCCUAUAAAUCGUCUUGACGCUUCCGUACUGUUGCCAAAAUUAGUUUGUUGUAAAUGAUUGCACUGUAAAAAAACAGGCACUGACUGUGCCAAUUGUAGUUAUCAUGUAUUUCCUUCAUUUUAUUAGCUAUAGCAAACAGUAGGGAUCGUAUAAAUACUGCAUCGGUUUAUUGUCGAUGUCAACACACGUCCUUGUCUUUAUUUGUCUAAAUUAAUGCUUCGCAUUGUUACAUGCACCGAACAAUGUGUCAUGGUGAAUACGUAGUUGUAAUUCUAUCCAUUUAAAUGACAUAUGCAAUGUUUCGAAUGUUAAACCAAUAAUGGCAAAUGCCACACCGCAAUGUGUCUAAUGUUUAACCAAUAAUUGCUAAUGACGCCGCGCUCGUUGUUUGGCACGAAGUUUUGCAAGACAAAGAAGAUAAACCACGAGCAAAUCGCAGAUGUUUACCCACGUGUUUAUUGAUCAUGUUCAAAUAGUGUUCAAAGUACUAUUUGUGUUUAACCAUAGUUCAGUAAAUGAAAAAAAAAUCUAUUCAAAUAAUAAACAUUAAAUUUGUCAUAUCCUUUCCAAGUUCAAACAGUUAUUUCAUUGGACUACCAUAGUUAAUACCAGUAUUGAAACUUAUCAACGUUCAUUUUAAUGCGUCAUUUUCAAAGAUAAAUUAUAAAACGCGAAUAUGAUUUACUCAUAGUGUUAAACAUGUGCUAAAUAAUGGAAGCUCGCACACAGACGACCGCUGUACUUUUUUUAAACAAUCGAAUUUUAGCCCCCCCCCCCCCCCCGAUGCCCCUCCACCUUGGGACUUACAAUCCAUGACCCUCAGAUCCCUUGGAUGGGUGUGUUUGGUUGAUACAUGGUUGGCCCAAUGUUCUAUGAUGAUCUUGACAAAUAAAUACAAUUUAUUUAUUUUUUUUCAGCCCCGUUCAUAUUGAUAUUAUAGAACGCUUCUUGUGUUGCCAAACAUAGUUCUUUCAAAUAUUGAUUCAUAUCUUUAUAUGAACAGGUUUAUCAUUGCAUUAAUUUUAAAGAACAUAUCCGUGUUCUUUUGUACCUUGGAGUUUUUUUUAUUUCCAUUUCAAAUUUUUAGGUUAAUGAUUUAACCAGCAUACACACUUUCAAAUAUUUUACUGAAACGUAAUCGCAUUACUGUAGAUUUUAAUUUGCAUAAUUUUAUAGAAUAAUAUGCUUCAUUGCGAGUUGUCAGGUACAAAUAUGUGUAGGACGCUAUUAAAAACUGAUCGUCGUUUUGAUAAAGUUAAAUUCAAGGUAGAAAAUAAUUAAGGUACGUUUUAGGCGAUCACGGAUGUUUCGUAAGUGUAUAUAAGUGAAAAGUGACUUUUAUUUGAAUUAAUAUAUUAUUGAUUUUCGAACAUACAAAUCGUUCUUAAAGCUGCUGCAUGUUUAGUAUUGAUGGUUUAAAUAUGAAGAUUUGUUCAAAACUGAUUACGUAUAGAGCGCUUUUACAGACGCGCAAGUACAUGGCGAAUGUGUUUUGCCGGUAAUUGUUUAUACAACGUUUGUAUACUGCGUGAUGACAUAUGUAUUACUUGUUAACACAUAUUUGUCUUGAACAUGCUGUUUGCAUAUCUUGAUGAUAUCUUCAUGCAAUGUAAAAGUGUCAAAUUUGUAUAAAGAAUAUUUUCUACUUUGUCAACUGAUAAUCAAAUAGUUUUAUACUUUACUCUUUGUAUUGUUAUUGAACAUGUGUAUAUCCUCCGCCAUUUGAUGCCAAAACAGUGAUUCGUCUGGAAAACAUUCAAUGAAUCUUACGUUUAAUCCUGUGUCAUAAAUACUUGAGCCUCGCUUUGGGAAAACCGGGUUUAAUGCAUGUGCGCAAAAUAUCGUCUCAGUUCAGGGACGACAGUUUCAGUCUACACUGGAUUAGUCCAAAUAAUUAGACGUAAGCUACCCCGCUUACGUCUAAACGGCUACCGUCGUUUUCCUAUAGCAAAUUGAUUUCAGCUUUUUUUCAGUUUUUCUUGUUAAAUCUUUGCUAAUACAUACAAUGGUCAUUAGUUAGACCAAAAUGAGAACGAUUACCUCUUAAAUGUGUGAAAUUGUCGAAGAACAACAGUUUUGUAAAUUUUGAAAAUAAACAUAAACAACACA